AUGGGCCGAGGGGACAAGACCCGGCUUGCCGAACUGCGUCGUUGCUCGCCGCCACGCGAGCCGGCGUUUCUGGCCAGCACAAGUUGGCACUCGCCAUCACCACUCGACGGCCUCGACGCUGGCGAGCCCCACGCGCUCAAGGCGUCGUUGGUGCGCGGGCGAUACGGCCGUGCUGCCACGUACGUCGCCGUCGCCGUCGUCGCCAACCACAUCCGCCGCGUGCUGGUGCCGUGGCUCGGGCAGUUUGUAUGGCACCACGCCGUCGUCGCCGACAUGAAGCUUGCGCGGUCGGCGCCGCACGCCCUGCUCGAGGCGUCGCUGCUCGAUUUUGCCUGGGCCGACGUCGGCCGCUGGGCGUGUCAGCAGGCCGCCUUAUCUGUGCUGGCGCGGGCUGUAAUGGCGAGGCGGCCUGUGGACGGGGCGGAUGCUCGGCGGCGGCAGCGGGGUCCGUCGGUGGGUAGACGGGCGCGUGCUCCGGGCGGCCAUGAAGGCGAUGGGGAUGCCGCCGCCGACGACAGCCACGGACAGUCUUCAGAUAUGGCGUCGGAUGCGCGCUGCGUGCUGCGUCUCGUCGCCGGCCUCACGCUGCUCGAGCGCCACUACACCGAAUCAUGUUGGGCCUUGGCACACGUGUACGCCACGGCCCGCCUGCUGCUCAGCACGCGCCCAUGCGACGCGGCCUUUCUGCGGCGCCUCGUCCUCGAGUCGACGCCGCGCGCCCGCUCCGCGCUCCAGGCCGGCCUCGUGCUGCGCUGGCUAUACCGCUCGGUGUCGGCAGCGACGACGACGAGGUGGCCGCGCCUGGUCCUGCUGCUUGCCUGCGCGUGCUGCGUCGGGACGCUGCACAUUCUGCGGCACUCGGGGCGGUACUUCAUCCUGCUUGAGAUGAGCGACAUGCUUGUCACGUUUGGGUGGAUGGCGCUUGGCAUGGCGGUGUUGAUGGCUUGGGCUGUGCGCGAUUGGGCGCGUGUAUGGCUGAGGGGACAUGUUUGA